GUGAGCCCCGAUAAGCAUUUCGGAGGACCAAAAAUGAGCUUUUGUCCGUCGACUAUCAGAAGAAAAUAAGCCAAACGUUGUUUUCACAGAAGUUAACUGCGCCACGUUCAGGAGAGGAAGCGGCUUCCUGCUGCACAGACCAGAGCUUUGAUUCACAGCAACUCUGACACACGCAGCAAUAAAAAAAAUAUACAAAUACAAAAAACAAAAAAACAUUUCACACUGGAAAACUGUCAGGAGACGCAGUGAAACAUCAUGACAACCCUGCUGGACCUGAAGAGUAGUGUGCUGAGGCAGGUGCAGAGGAGCCAGUCCCUGAGGAGUCGAAGGGAGCCGCCUCCCACCGCCAGCAGCCCCCUCACACACUGUCCGGACCCCUUACCUCGGAGGGUUUCAGAGGAGAGCGUGGAGUUCUUUGAGCGUAUGAAUGCCAUCCUGCAGAAACAGGAGAACAUGAUGCGGGCCGCCCAGGCCGAGUGCCAGAGAGGCGCCUGCACUGUGCCGCCGCCCCAAGAACACGUGGACCAGGCCUUUAUCCCCGACAGAAUCAGCAGGUCGGAGCUGGACCUGCUUUAUGAGGAGGCUGUGUACACGGUGGUCAACAGGGUCGGGGUGGCCUCAUCAGAACACGUCAAAGGCGACGACGAGCUGUUUGCUUACCUGCUGAAGGUGUUCGAUAUGGGUGAGGAGGAGCACGACAUCAUUCUGCAAAAAGUUCAAGAAUCCAAGCGCGCCAGUUUUUCCUUGAGAGUUUCUGUCGUGAAAGCAAAGAAUCUGAUGGCCAAGGAUGCAAACGGUUACAGCGACCCCUACUGCAUGCUGGGAAUCCUGCUGGGCCAGAGCCCUCGGGAGACCGAGGAAAAGAAGGAGAGGAAAUUCAGCUUCAGGAAGAGGAAGGAGAAGCUGGAGAAACGCUCCAGCACCAAGGAGGUGCUGCCUGCCCGCUGCAUCCAGGUGACCGAGGUCAAGCCCGAGACCCUCAACCCGGUGUGGGACGAGCACUUUGUCUUUGAAAUAGAUGAUGUCCAUAAUGACCUCUUACAUCUGGACAUAUGGGAUCACGACGAUGACGUGUCCGUCGCCGAGGCCUGCAAAAAGCUCAAUGAAGUCAGCGGACUUCGAGGAAUGGGCAGGUAUUUUAAGCAGAUAGCUAAGUCGGUGCGGUCCAACGGAUCUGCAUCUUCGGGCUCUGAGGAGAACGCCGACGACUUCCUCGGAUGCAUCAACAUUCCUUUGAACGAGAUCCCUGUUGUUGGCUACGACACCUGGUUUAAGCUAGAGCCCCGGUCAAGUGCGUCUAAAGUCCAGGGAGAAUGUCACCUGAUCCUGAAGCUCUUCACCAGCCAGAGAGACACAACCUUAUCCAAGAAGGAGACAAACGUCUCCAUUCACAAGAAACUGCUGUUUCAGAUUGUGGAAUAUGAGCACGCUCAUGUUAAGAGAGAGCCGUAUAAUUGGAAUGGGCAGGUUUCUCCUCCAGCAUGGACUGUGCUAACUCACCAUGCUGUGCAAACUGAUCUCUCUCCACUCCAGCAGGCUAUUAUUCGCUGGCAGUGCUACAGCAGCCACCAUCGGACUCAGAGGGUGUGCUACUCCCUGCUGCUGCGCCUCCUGAGGACCAUCGAUGCAGAGUGGGACCCUCCUGCUGUGCGGGGAGAUCUGGAGAGGCAGCUGUCAGACAGCUUCAGGCUGUACACAGAGCACUGCCUGUGCCUGAUGAAGAACAUGCGUCAGGUUUUCCCCUGCACCAGCGCCGCUGCCAUUACACGCUACGAGCUCAUGCUGAGGGGGUUUGGCUACAUGCAAAACAUGCGGGCAUUCAAGACCGUGUGUCCUCUUCGAAAUGAGCUGCAUUUGGACAUCACUACUGCUGUCAAGAAGGGAACGGCUGAGUGGUACGAGAGCCUAAUUGCUCGAUAUAAACCGGAGGACGGGACUCUGGAGGAGCAGCUGAAGAAGCUGGUCCACGUGAUUGAUGCUGUGUGCGCAGACGUUCAGAGAGCCCAGAAUAUCUACAACAAACUCUUCUACAGCGCUGUGAAGGUGGAUUUCUUCAGCAUAUCAUACAGGCAGCUGGAGAAACAGGUAGCUGAUGACGUGAAUGUAGCGAUGGAGAGGGUGUGUGGGACUCUUGAACAGGAGAGCUCCAGACUGACUCAGACAAUGGGAGAGACCAUCUUUGAGCUCUUCAUGUCCUUGAAAACCCUCAAAGGCUUUCGGGAGUUUCUGCCUCUCAAGGAUGCUAAAAUGCUGGCCUUGACAGGGUUUCAUAACUGGUUCAAGUCCUCCAUUCAUAAAUGGCUGCAGAUUGUCCACGACAGAUCGUGUGACAGGAUCCGUAAAGCAGUGGAAACUGACAAGUUCGAACCUGUGCAGCAAGCCAAACACAGCUCCUCCGCAGUGGAAGUGACAAUUUGCUUCGGCCAGGUACGAGAGAUCUGGCACCAGCUGGCAUGGCCAGACUCUGCGGGGGCCUUCAUCUUUGUGACGCGUUUGACAGACAAUUUCUGCAGCGAGGCUGUCUGCUACUCAGAGAUGAUCACACGCAAGAUUGAGAGGAACCAGCUGGGCCGAGACCACAAGAGCUUCACAGUGCAGCUCUGCAUUGCCCUGAACAACACAGAGCACGUGCGCGUUUUCCUGGGUCACCUGCCCCGUGAGCUGGACUGGCAGGGUGUGGAGCGGGCCAUGGAGGAGUCCUGCGGGGUAGAGGGCAAGGAGCAGGUUUACAAGGCUCUAAACGGACAGCUGUUUAACAUGGACCUGGACCUGCAGAGAGAAGCCAAACGCCUCAUCGCGCUGCUCACCGACAAGAUGCUGCCUGAGCUGCGAAGGUACAUCCAGCACAUCAGCCUGUCUCCAGACUCCAUCAACAAUGACGAUGCUGUUGCCCCUCUCAUGAAGUACCUCCAAGAAACUAUGGUCAUCCUCGUUGAAAACCUCGUGAAGGAAAAUUUGACCAGAGUUCUCCAGAGCAUGUGGGAGCUGCUGGUGCGGAUGAUCCUGGACACGGUCACUGAAAACAGGGGUGUCCAGGUGGAGUUUUACAACCGCUUCCAGUACACAGUGGAGACCCUGCUGCAGUUCUUCCAUGCUAAGGGGGAAGGACUUUUCCUGGAAGACAUGAAGAGCGGAGAGUACAAGGCCCUAGAUGAGGAGCUCAGGCUGAAUAAAUGUUCCUCCUUUGAGCUGAUUGAACAGUACUAUCUGGAGAAGAUUUCCCACCAGAAAACACUCAAACAUACACGUUAUGGCCGGAUCAGUGUGAAGUGCUACUACGAUGCUCCUGAACAGAGACUAACAGUGGAGAUUCUACACGCUGCAGAUAUUAUUGCACUGGAUGCUAACGGUCUGAGUGACCCCUUCGUCAUCGUUGAGCUCUGUCCUCAUCACCUCUUUCCGAUGGCCAAAAGCCAACGCACGCAAGUGAAACUUAAGACCCUUCACCCAGUAUUUGAUGAACUCUUUUACUUUCAUGUCAGCCCUGAACAGUACAGACACCGGUUUGCUUGCUUGACCUUCACUGUGAUGGACUAUGACUGGCUGUCCACCAACGAUUUCGCCGGCGAAGCCAUCGCUCCUCUCAGCGACUUCUGCUGGCCAGGAAGACCAAACGCCUCAGCGGCCGGCAAGAGCGUCCAGCCCAUCAUCCUGCACCUGUCUCGCAGUAAACCCAGUGAGAAGCCAAUCAUGAGGAUGCUGGACGCCCGCAUUGGCGACAGGGAGGCUCAGGAGUUUGUCCGCAGGCUGAAGGAGAUUGAGAAGUCAAUGGAGGAGGAGUAAAAGCUGUCAGCGCUGCCUGUGUUGGUGUUCUCGGACCACGUCUUGCGACAUGUGCUUUUGUACUGGUACAAUGUUUACAAUAGCCUAUUUAAAUUCAUUUCCAAUGUUAUCGUUUGUCCUGUAAUUAUACCAAAAUCAAAAGAAAUAAGGAAGACGGUGAAGAUUAUUCCCGUUUUCUAACUGGGAGGUGAACAUCCUGUCACUGUGCAACCCUAUGCUGUCUCAGUUAAACUAUAUUUUAGAAUUCAAUGGAUAGUUGAUCCUAAAUGUUACUAGUCUAUAUUUUUUGUAAUGAAGUAAAUGUUAUCUUUGUUGUAUAAUCUUUGAUAUGAUAGAUUUCAGAACUAUUUUGUGGAAGUAGCUUACAUAGCUAACAGUAUUCAAAAGUCUUAAUCUAUACCUCAGAUGUGCUCAUUAGUUGCGGGGGAGUUUAGCAGAUAUCGAGACUUUUCACAUUCUUCACGGACAUCCUGUAGAUGAAUUGCAUGGAAGCUCUUUCAGGGCGCGAAACCCUGAACCUGCACUUAUUUUCCAGUUUACAGAUAGGCCAACAAACAUUUAGGAAUAAAAAUAGGUGUAUCAUGAAAGGAAUCAUUGAAAGGCCACAAAAAGCGUUCGGGAACUGUGCUCUCUGAGACUUGGCGUCUUAAGGCCGAUCAGACAGAUCAGCAGAAGGAAGUCUUAUCGCUGCCCUGCGGGAAUCACCACAGCUCAGGUUCAUUCAGCCCUUCAAAUUGCUCCUCACAAAGCUCAUGAUGGGUCAUUGAAGAGGCUAUAGGCACACCUUCACACCAGUUUAGCUCCUCACAAAAGGAGGCGCAUCUGUCAUACAUGAGGGAGGAACAUGUGUCGAACAACUGCUUUUAGAGAAAGGCUUGAAUUGAUUUAAAAAUCUGAAAGUCAUGAAAAGUUAUUUGAAUUUUUUCUAGGUGGUUUAUUAAACUAUCAGAUGUCAUUUUUAAUUAAUCAAUUUUCAUUUAUUUUCAUUCGGUUUGCUAUUUCGUCCUCAUUUUGCCACAUGGACACUGACAAAAUAAUAAUAAUAAUAAUUCAACUAAAGAAGCUGACCAGAUUUAACAAAUGGCUUCAUUUGUAGAGAUGAACAUUUAAACUGUGAAAUUACUAAUUGCUUUUGCUCCUCUGGCUCUGCUAGCAACAGCAACUAUAUUAAGAAAUGUACUUUCAUGGUUAUGGAGAGAUGAUAGGAAACCCUGAUGUCUCAUAACUGAACAGGGUGAAAAAAAAAAAAAAUCCUCCUGACAUCCCCGAAGAUAAUACAGAGUGCGGCACAGUGGGUGGCCUCAUGACCAGAUGGUAGAACUCCAGAAACGUUUAUUAGGAGAAAUCCGAGCUAAUUGCGCCUAAUGAUCUCAUGCAGCAACCAUCAAGGCGACCAUCAAACAUCAAGCACGGCCUUUGUUAUCCCAACGCUGAGUCGAUGCCGGCUCAUUAUAGGCCUUGUGCACGUUUGAGUUUGUGUCACGCUGUGGAGCUUAAUCUCUUCAGGUAAAGAGUGUAAUGAACCUGAGCUGGGGAAAGGCUUCGUACCUGCAGCAGCUCUCUUGACCUGGCAGUUAUAAUUCAACACUAGUAGCCAGUCUGUCAAAGCUGUGUCAGUGACUGAGAGGCUGAGAUCAUUUCUAAACCAUGAAUUAUUUAUUCUUGGUAUCAUAAUACCUAGGUUUGAACUGAAAAAGCAUACAUUUCAGUAUAAAAUAGUCCACUAUGUUUUUAAAAAGGGGGCUUUCCAUUCAUUCAUUUUCUACAACUGCUUAUUCUGUCUCCACAUGGGGAGAGGAGAGGCGAUCACAGGGCUAAAAAAAUUAGGACAUUUUAUUAAAAGAAAGUAUGGCUUAACUUUUAAUCAUCUGUUAGUCAUAGUGAUUUACAUUCAGCUCCAUAUAGUUGAAUAGAAAGCUAAAGAUAAACUAGUAAACUGAAACUUAACCACAGGUCAGAUAGAUUAUUAAAUCAGUGGUCCUUACUGUUUAAAAUGUAGCUUAAAGUUUAACCUCCUGAGACCUCAGCUUUUAUUUGGUAUGCAUUUUUAAUCUCUUAGAGGUAUUUGGGAUUAAUCGGACCUAAGACGUAUAAAAACUAAGCAUUAUCUUCGACCAGGAAGUAGUAGUUUUUGAUGAAAACGAUGUGGACACUGGGAUUAUUUCAUUAUUUAUAUUAUAAAGAAGUCACCGAUUUGUGACAAAAUAUAAAACUGUUUAUUUUAAUACCUGAACGUGGCUGUGCUAUAGCAGAAUUGCACACAAUUAAGUCCCAACGUCCUCAAACAAGUACUCGCUGAUAAGCAAAAAUUGCUAAUUUGUUAAAUUUGUGCAUCAUAUCAAACUAGAAAUGUUAAUAAACAUAAGUUUUACCCUUUGCUACCAGUAGAUGGCAGACUAAAACAUCCACUUAUGAGGACAAUGGGUUUAAAUGAGCUGCAAUAAAACCUAAACCUUGACCUCUCAGGAGGUUAAACUUGGUAAACCUAUAGCAAGACACAAGUUCUCUCCUUCAUCGUGAGCAAAAGCAGACAAUGGGGCUUUUCGAUUUUCUGCUAGAAUGGAACGUACAAGGAAUGAUACGCAAUCAAGAUAUCGGUAUUUCCUAAUGGAUGUCAGAGGCCAUCAUUAUUUUUGAUCACAAAGUAUUAAAGCGCAUGUGUAGUGAAGAAACGCUGAAAAAGACACUGUAGCAAGUAGCGAGAACUUAGCACCAAAACCUUCACACCGACAGCAUUUUGAUCGUGACGUAACUUUACAGUAUUCGCUUUCGUCUAGUGCUUUGUUGUUAGCCUGUUGGGCUGCGAGGAUGAAGCACACAAAAAAAAAAAUCUAUGCUUGAAGCGUGUGCUGCACUACUGCAAAGAUCGAUCAGGGCGUCCGAACGUGGGUUAUCCGUUUAGUCCAUCUGAACACACUUGCCUUUUAUGUUUUGUUUUUAGGGAGUUUUCAGGUAGAAUUUGCUAUUUAAGUCUCAGUUUAUUUAAAAAUCACCCACGAUCUCUUCUGCAAACUGUUAGGUCAUUAUAAACCGAGAUAAAAGUGCGAUAUUUAGCUAACAAUUAUAUUUUCCUGUGUUACUUUCAAACCAGGACUUGUGCCCAGCUACUUACAAAGACAAAUACAACCUCACAAACCUUAUACGGUGAAAUAAAGCGUAUAUUAUAUUGUAUAUUUAAAUCUAUAGCAGCACCACAAUGCAGAAUUCAUUUACAUAUUUCUAAUAGCAACGUAAUGAAUUUUUACAGGAAUACAAUUUUGAAUAAAAAGAAAAUCUCCUUUUUCCACAUUCUCUACUUGAGCAAAGCAAAGCAUCUCUUCCCAUUAUUAAAUUAUUAAUCGUAUUGUAAACUUUGCCCAGUAAACCCAGGCAGUCUGGUCAGUAUUAGCUGAGGUUUAUUCCGUUGGGUUUUGAAAUUGAAAGAAAGCAUUUUAAUCUUCAAAUGUUCUGUGAAGUAAUCGUAUUAUUAACAGUGUUCAUUUACAAAAGCUGUUGUUCUUGCUGGCCGUCAUGAGAAAAAAAAAAAGAAAAAAAAGAGAAAAGAAAAAAGAGACCAGAAAAAGCCUCGGCAUCCAGAAAAUAUGACAAAGCGCGCCGGAGCUGCGGCUGAGCGGAAUCUCAUUGACUGUCAGUGCUGGCAUAUUUUAUUCAAAGUGAUAUUAGAAAUAUUGUUGAAUUGAGUACUGAGUUUGACGUCUGCCAUUCAGAUUUAAAGGCGACAGCGGGAGGAGAGCGUCUGCAAGAGGCAAAAUCUUUCAAUUUGUUAUCGUACAAGUGAAUUAUUCGUCCUUGAAUUGUAAAUGCCCGUGUUGCUGUUCAUUGGAUUAUACCUUUGGGAGAUGUCUAUGACUCCAAUAAAGAUUGUAUUUAAAUUUGAA